GUGUGUGUCUUCUCAGCUACCUCUGCGCUGAGCCCACGCUGAGUGCUGGCUUGUUGGCCUCAGUGAGUGGGAACUGAUAAUCCCAGCUGUUGCAUGCUUUGGUGCAGAGAAGGAUAAAUGGUGAUGUUUCAAAUCCCUUAAUUCAUUGCCAGAGCCUUGCUUAGAGAGAAGAGCAUCGGUGUAGCGUAUGGAGAUAUGGAAAUGUCUGAGGCGCUACAGUCGUGGGAGAGUUAGAGCGACUGUCAGAGCCUCAGCUGCAUCCAUUUUUAUUUUUGAUGGUGCUUUGAGAUAGUUAGGAUUCAGGUCUCAUCUUUGCCUCUGAGCUCAUCUGAAUAAUAGUGAUGAGGAAAGGAAACGCAGAGGGCUGGCAGCCACAGGCAACCCCCGAAACGACCAUAUAUAUCGGGGAGGAGGCAGGGGAGCACGAGAGCCUAGCCUCCCCAGCUGGCCCAGCACAAGGCUGAACGAGUGGAAGCUAGAGGCGUCAGAGCUAACAUUGCUCUGCCUUCACCCCAGUGGCCAUGAGGGGUGCCAUCCAGGUCUCCAUCAUGCUCCUCCUGGUCGCCGUGUCCGACUGUGCCGUGAUCACCGGGGCCUGCGAGCGGGAUGUCCAGUGUGGGGUGGGCACCUGCUGUGCCGUCAGCGUCUGGCUGCGGGGGCUUCGGAUGUGCACCCCGAUGGGGCGCCAAGGAGAGGAGUGUCACCCUGGAAGCCACAAGAGACCCUUCCUCGGGAAGCGCCAGCACCACACGUGUCCCUGCUCGCCCAAGCUGCUCUGUUCCCGGUUCCUGGAUGGCAGGUACCGCUGUUCGGCAGACCUGAAGAGAAUCAACUUGUAGAGCUCCCAGUACUCAGGCCAUGCACCGGGUCCCCGCCCCCAGCCCUGCCUGGACUGUCCACUGUGCUCCUGCUCCCCUCAGCUGCUUUGGUCCACAGUGCUCACCUGG